CUGCCGCAGGAGCCGGAGCCGCGGGCCGCGGACCUCGGGGCCCCGGGGGCGGGGGCGGCGGGGCCACCGACGCCGUCGGCGCACAUCCCGGUGCCAGGGCAUAGAGCCCCCCCAGGAAAAGCCCAGCUGGACGAGGUCAUGGCUGCUGCCGCCCUUACAAGCCUGUCCACCAGCCUCCUCCUGCUGGGGGCCCCGGCUGUAGCCUUCAGCACAGAGCCCAGCUUGGAGCCUUGGAGGGAGGCCCCGGUGCGGCCACCGGGCAGCAGCGGCAGCAGCGGGGAUGGGGGCUGGGGCCUGACCAGUGACCAGUCCUCUCCAUCUACCCCGUCGCCCCCGCUGCCCCCUGAGGCAGCCCACUUCCUGUUCGGGGAGCCUGCCCUGAGGAAGAGGAAGAGCUCGCUGCAGGGGCUGUUCCAGUGUCUGUGGAAGCGCUGCGGGAAGGUGCUGAGCUCGGCGUCAGGGAUGCAGAGACACAUCCGUCUGGUGCACCUGGGGCGGCAGGCAGAGCCAGAGCAGAGCGACGGCGAGGAGGACUUCUACUACACGGAGCUGGAUGUCGGCGUGGACUCGCUGACUGAUGGGCUGUCUGGCCUGACCCCGGGGUCCCCCACGGCCUCCGUGCCACCCGCCUUCCCCCACCUGGAGCCGCUGGAGCCCCCGGCCCUGCCCAGCCUGCUGCGCCCACCCGCCCUUCCCCCGCCCCCGGUGCUGAGCUCCCUGCCCGCUCCCCAGGUGUGCCCCAGUGACCCCGCUUACCAGGGCUGCCUGGCACCCAUCCACCCGGAGCCACAGCCCAUCCCGGUCAGGGCCUGCGCGCCAGCCCUGCCCGCCAAGCCCGGUGCCAACCCGAGGAAGCCCCGAGGUGACGCCAAGAAGUGCCGGAAAGUGUAUGGCGUGGACCACCGAGACCUGUGGUGCACGGCCUGCCGCUGGAAGAAGGCCUGCCAGCGCUUCCUGGACUGA